AUGGAUGGUCAGAUUGAGUGUCAUCGCAUUGAACGGUCUGACGACGAAACGCCGAUUCCGGUUGUGCUCUUAAACACAUGGUUUGCAAGAUUUGAGGAAAACUGCAAAGUGAUCAAGUUUAGUCAGAACGACUGUGAAUUUGUGAGCAAGUUGUGCUAUGGCUUGUCCACUCCUUACGACAACGAAGCAACAUUUGCAGAGAAAGCGCGGCAAUUGCUAACAGCAUACCUCCUAGGAGACAAUCCAGUCUCAACGAUUACACCAGCAACUGUUAGUGGCUCAGUGUCAGAUG